AUGAGUGGUUCCGGCAAAGGAUUACUCGGAUUAUGGCUGUAUCACAGCGGCGAUCAGGAGUGGGCCGUGAAGGAGGGCAGUCCGUUGCACCGGCGGAAGGAAUUUGCUAAAACGGCGGACCACAGCAACGGAAACGGACGAAUGGGCAUCGACCGAACCUCGAUCGUAUUCACGUUGAAGAAUCAAAUCGGCGGACUGGCGGGUGCCCUGCGUGUGUUCCAGGAGCUCGGCAUCAACGUCCUGCAUGUGGAGCUGAACAAGAGUGGAGAAGCGUGUGACCACGCGGACGUCCUCGUCGACAUCGAGUGUGACGCGAACCGACUCGACCAGGUGUUGCGAUUGCUAAAGCGCGAAGUCCAAUCGGUCAACUACGCGGCUCCGGCUCACAGUGAUGGACCGCCACCGACGCCAUUAUCCGCGUGUGGUAGCUUCGAUUUCGGCGAAAUGCACUGGUUCCCGAGGAAGAUCUCCGACCUGGACCGGGCCCAAAACGUGCUCAUGUACGGAAGCGAACUCGAUGCGGACCAUCCGGGCUUCAAGGAUCCGGUGUACCGCAAGCGCCGGGAGCAGUUUGCGGCCAUCGCCAACUCCUACAAGCAUGGCAGCCCCAUCCCGAGGGUUCAGUAUACGCCGGAGGAAAUCAAAACAUGGGGCACGGUUUUUCGUGAGCUUCACAAGCUGUACGUAAAGCACGCCGUCCCAGAGUACCUGGAGAACUGGCCCGAACUGGUGAAGUACUGUGGCUACCGUGAGGAUAACCUACCGCAGCUGCAGGACAUUAAUGUGUUCCUGAAGCGCAAGACCGGCUUCCAGAUUCGACCGGUCGCUGGUUACCUGUCACCGCGCGACUUCCUGUCAGGACUCGCAUUCCGGGUGUUCCACUGCACGCAGUACAUCCGUCACUCGUCCGAUCCGUUCUACACACCCGAACCCGACUGCUGCCACGAGCUGCUCGGGCAUAUGCCAUUGCUGGCGAACUCGAGCUUUGCCCAGUUCUCGCAGGAGAUUGGGUUGGCCUCGCUCGGUGCGUCCGAGGACGAUAUCAACCGGAUCGCGACGUUGUACUUCUUCACGGUUGAGUUCGGGCUGUGUCGGCAGGGUGAUGGCUCUUUUAAGGUGUUUGGGGCUGGUUUGCUUUCGUCGGUGGCUGAGCUGCAACAUGCGAUCACGGCUCCGGGCAAGAUCAAGCGGUUCGAUCCCGAGGUGACGUGUCUGGAGGAGUGCAUCAUUACGGCGUAUCAGAACGCGUACUACUACACCGAUUCGUUCGAGGAGGCUAAGGAGAAGAUGCGGGCAUUCGCGGAAAACAUCCAGCGCCCGUUCGGUGUACGGUACAACCCGUACACACAGACCGUGGAGGUGUUAAGCAACGCGAAGAAGAUCACGGCCGUCGUGAGUGAGCUGCGGGGAGAUCUGAGCAUCGUGUCGUCUGCCCUGAAGAAGGUUUCGGCACUGGACGAAAACCUCGACGUGGAAUCGAUCGAACGGCUGCUUUCGAGCAGUCUACAUGUAAGCGACAGGAGCCCGAAUCCCGAGAGUCCUGACGCGGUCGAGAAGGCGAGUGAGCUGGAUGGCAAGUGAAGCGCAAGGAUACGAUAUCGUGUACAAUAAUAACUAAUGGCUUGGGUGAAAAGGCCAUUGGAAAUCGUGAAAUUGUUGCAAACUUUGUUUCCGUGAAAACGGCUUUUAAAAGCCAAUCAUGUCCCUAAAUACAUGUUAAAUCUCGAUGUGAAAAUCCGUUAAUAAAUG